GCCCCGUUGCCCCCGCCUCUCCAGCGCUCGCAACAUGCCCACUACGGGAGACUCACCGGCGAAAUGUGACCCGAGUCGCCGCCGUAGGCCAUGAAGGAAGGCGGCUUGUUGGAGACGCACUUCUUGAACUGUGGGGGCAAGUUGCCAAGCGAAGAAGCGUCAGCCGCCGCCGCCGCCGCUACAGCGCCAAACGAGCGGACAAGGAAACACACUCACGUUGAAGUACUGCGGCUCCACUGCCUUGCCGUCGGCCGUGCGCGUCAAGAGGACUGUGGGUCGGCUCGGUCAUCAGCCCUCCGCUCCUUGGCCAUCUCGCUUGCCUCUCGUUGCAUCGCGCCGGGGCAACUCACUCUGGCUGCCCUGUGCAUCACGCUUGCCCACGAAGGGCAGCAGAAGGGAGAGCUGCAUCGUCGUGAGAGAAAGAGGGGGAGGUGGAGGUGCGAGAGAGCUGGGUGAGAGCGAGACAGAGGGAGCGAGGAGAAGGCUGCGGCUGGGUGUGGAGAGAGCUGGGUGAGGGGAACAAGCAGCUGGAGUACGGGCGGAGCGUUGCCUCUUAUACGCCCCACGCUGGCCUCGCUGGG